AUGGAAACUGACGCUGAGAAGAAUAUUGAAAUCUGGAAGGUUAAGAAACUAAUCAAAUUUUUAGAAAACGCCAGAGGUAAUGGUACUUCCAUGAUUUCAUUGGUUCUUCCACCAAAGAGUCAAAUUUCCUUUGCCCAAAGAACUUUAACCGAUGAAUAUGGUACUGCUUCAAAUAUCAAAUCGAGAGUUAAUCGUUUGAGUGUUUUAAGUGCUAUCACGUCUACUCAACAAAAAUUAAAAUUAUAUAACAAAGUUCCACCAAAUGGUUUAGUUUUAUAUUGUGGUGAUAUGAUUACUGAUGAAGGUAAAGAAAAAAAAGUUACCUUUGAUAUCGAGCCUUAUAAGCCAAUCAACACCUCUCUAUAUCUAUGUGAUAACAAAUUUCAUACCGAAGUUUUAAGUGAAUUGUUAGAAGCUGAUGAUAAAUUUGGAUUUAUCGUCAUGGAUGGUCAAGGUACUUUAUUUGGGUUGUUGAGUGGGAACACCAGAACCGUGUUGCAUAAAUUCACCGUUGAUUUACCUAAGAAACAUGGUAGAGGUGGUCAAUCCGCCGUUCGUUUUGCUCGUUUAAGAGAGGAAAAAAGACAUAACUAUGUUAGAAAAGUUUGUGAAGUAGCUGUUCAAAAUUUUAUCACUAAUGAUAAAGUUAAUGUCAAAGGUCUUGUUUUAGCUGGUUCUGCUGAUUUCAAGACGGAUUUAGCCAAAUCAGAUUUAUUCGAUCCAAGGUUGGCCGAAAAGGUUAUUAAGAUUGUGGAUAUUUCUUAUGGUGGGGAAAAUGGGUUUAAUCAAGCUAUUGAUUUAUCUGCUGAAACAUUGGCUAAUGUUAAAUUUAUUCAAGAAAAAAAGUUGAUCACCGCAUACUUUGAUGAAAUUUCCCAAGAUUCUGGUAAGUUUUGUUAUGGGGUUGAAGAUACUUUAAAGGCUUUAGAUUUAGGUGCUAUUGAAACUUUGAUUGUUUAUGAAAACUUAGAUAUUAUAAGAUAUGUCUUCAAAAAUAGUGAAGGUGAAGAAGUUGUACAACAUGCCUCCCCAACUCAAGAGGAUAAAACUUAUAGUAUAGAUAAGGCAACUGGCCAACAAAUGGAAACUGUUAGCGAACAACUUUUGAUCGAAUGGUUAGCUGAGAAUUAUAAGAAUUAUGGUGCUACUUUGGAAUUUAUCAGUGAUAAGUCGUCUGAGGGUUCUCAAUUUGUUUCCGGGUUUGGUGGUAUUGGUGCCAUGUUACGUUAUAAAGUUAAUUUUGAACAAUUAGUCGACGAAUCAGAUGAUGAAUAUUAUGAUGAUGAUGGUGAGUUUGACUUUAUUUGA